AGAGCGGCUCUCCUGGCGCACCUCCUCGCUCGGCGCCGACCAUGAGCGCCUCCUCGGUGCGCAAGAGCGAGUCCAAGACGUCCUUGCUGCGGGCGGCGGGCGGCGGCGGGCGGCAGGCGCGGAGCCAUGGGCGGGACGCAGGCGGAGGAGGAGGAGGAGGAGGCGGAGGAGGCGGACUCAGCGGAAGCCUCGGCAUCGGGAGCCCCGACUGUCCGCCGCCUUGGACGCCGGUGGAGGAGCCCAGCGCCAGGAGGCCCCUCUGCCACCCGGGCGCCCCCGCCCCCGCCGCCUCGUCCUCUUCUUCCGAGGGCAGCCUGAAGCGGAGGGGGCCGGCCUCGGGCUCGGGCUCGGGCUCGCGGCGCGGCGCGGGGAGCAGCAGCAGCAGCAGCGGAGGGAGCAGCAGCAGCGGCGGCGGCGGGUCCCGGCCGCGCUCCUCGCGGACGCCGAGCCAGGAGAGCGAGAAGGAGGCUCCCGAGGCGGGCGGGACGCGGGCCGCCAGCCGGGAGUCGCUCCACUCCGCCGACGGCGCCUCCCCCAAGGGCAAGGGCCCCGCCGCCAAGGCCAAGGAGAGCGACCCGCUCUUCCAGCGCCUCCACCCGCUCCUCAGCCCCGUCUUCGGGCAGAUCCACCAUGAGGAGAAGACAAGUUAUAAGGCCGUCCAGAUGAGCGAGGAGGGGCCUUCGGCCGGCGAGUACCAGGGCCCGCUCAUGGUGCUGGCCCAGAACUGCGCCGUGAUGCACAACCUGCUGGGGCCAGCUUGUAUCUUCCUCCGGAAGGGCUUCGCAGAAAACAGGCAGCCAGACAGGGAGCUGCGUCCAGAAGAAAUAGAAGAGCUACGAGAAGCCUUCAAGGAAUUUGACAAGGACAGAGAUGGCUACAUCAACUGCCGGGACCUGGGCAACUGCAUGCGCACCAUGGGCUACAUGCCAACCGAAAUGGAGCUGAUUGAGCUGUCCCAGCAGAUCAACAUGAACUUGGGUGGCCACGUUGAUUUUGAUGACUUUGUGGAGCUGAUGGGGCCAAAACUCUUGGCAGAGACAGCCGACAUGAUUGGGGUCAAGGAGCUCCGCGAUGCCUUCCGGGAGUUUGACACCAAUGGCGAUGGAGAAAUCAGCACCAAUGAACUACGAGAAGCAAUGAAGAAGCUGCUUGGGCAGCAAGUGGGACACCGGGACAUCGAGGACAUAAUACGGGACGUGGACCUGAACGGAGAUGGCCGGGUGGAUUUUGAAGAGUUUGUCAGGAUGAUGUCCCGCUGAAGGAAGGACUUGGGCUGAAAUGCACUCAGCCCCCGUGGGUAGUAGAAGAGGGCCUGAAACGGAGUGUCUCGCCCCGAUGUUCCUAUGCAACAGCUCGGCGCCCUGGCUGCGCUGGAGACAGGGUCCCGAUGCCGACCUGCCUGUCUGACCCAAGUGGCCCUGCUGCUCCUUCACCUCUCCACACUGUGAAAGAAAGACUUGCCUCUCUGGAAACUGGAAGGGCUCCUGGGAAAAGCCCAGCGUGAGGACGCUGCGCUCCAGGACCAGCCACAGAGUGUUUGCAGCCGAAGCUGCCAUCGCCGCCUCUUCUCCUUCCUCCCCAGCUUUUAUUGUUCCAGCAAAUGAAAAGAAAGCAAGGAGGGGUGUUCUCUUGAACUUGGUGGCUUUCUGCAAAGCUGCCUAGAUUGGUGCCUGCCAUGGACUGUCCCCUGGCCCCAUGUUCCUUGGUGAACUGUUGGCUGCUGCCCCCCUGCCUUGUGUUUCCAGAUCUGUAAAGAGUUAUUCAUGCCUCCCCUCUCCCCUGGAAUGUUCUUUUGCCUUCUUGUGGUUAUGUUCAUAAGAGCAAAUAUACGUUUGAAAAGAAAAAAACCCCCAGAGAAAA